AAGGCUCUGCAGUCUGGGACAGUAGGGAAGGAGCCAGCGGCCUGUUGCUCAGAAGGGCUGUUCCAGUGUCAGCCGAGCCAUGCCUAGGUACACGGUGCACGUGCGUGGGGAAUGGCUGGCGGUACCCUGCAAGGACGGGAAGCUCUCUGUAGGCUGGCUGGGCCGCGAGGCUGUGAGGCGCUACAUGAAGAACAAACCGGACAAUGGCGGCUUCGCCUCGGUGGAUGAAGUGCGCUUCCUCGUGCGCCGGUGCAAGGGCCUGGGCCUGCUGGACAAUGAGGACCUGCUGGAGGUGGCCUUGGAGGACAAUGAGUUCGUAGAAGUGGUCAUUGAAGGCGAUGUAAUGUCUCCCGACUUCAUUCCCUCGCAGCCGGAAGGAGUUUUCCUAUACAGCAAAUACCGGGAGCCCGAAAAGUACAUUGCCUUGGAUGGGGACAGUCUGAGCACAGAGGAUCUGGUCAACCUGGGGAAGGGGCGUUACAAGAUAAAGCUCACUUCAACUGCCGAGAAGAAGGUGCAGCAGUCCAGGGAAGUCAUCGACAGCAUCAUAAAAGAAAAGACAGUUGUGUACGGCAUCACCACAGGUUUUGGGAAGUUUGCCAGAACUGUAAUCCCCGUCCAUAAGCUACAGGAGCUUCAGGUCAACUUGGUUCGUUCCCAUUCUUCAGGUGUUGGGAAGCCACUCAGCCCUGAAAGGUGUCGGAUGCUCUUGGCUUUGAGGAUUAACGUUUUAGCUAAAGGAUACAGCGGGAUUUCCUUGGAGACCCUGAAACAAGUUAUUGAAGUGUUUAAUGCCUCCUGCCUGUCAUACGUUCCAGAGAAAGGAACUGUGGGUGCCAGUGGAGAUCUUGCGCCUCUCUCUCAUCUUGCUCUGGGACUCAUUGGAGAAGGAAAGAUGUGGUCCCCAAAGAGCGGCUGGGCUGAUGCUAAAUACGUCCUAGAAGCCCACGGGUUGAAACCAGUUGUUCUGAAACCAAAAGAGGGCCUGGCACUCAUUAACGGGACCCAGAUGAUCACUUCCCUGGGCUGCGAGGCCGUGGAGCGAGCCAGCGCCAUUGCCCGGCAGGCUGACAUUGUGGCUGCCUUGACCCUCGAGGUGCUGAAGGGCACCACCAAAGCCUUCGAUACUGACAUUCAUGCUGUCCGCCCUCACCGCGGGCAAAUUGAAGUCGCUUUCCGGUUCCGGUCCCUCUUGGACUCGGAUCACCACCCAUCAGAAAUCGCAGAAAGCCACAGGUUCUGCGAUCGUGUCCAAGAUGCAUACACCUUGCGCUGCUGUCCACAGGUCCACGGCGUGGUGAAUGAUACCAUAGCGUUUGUGAAGGACAUCAUUACUACAGAACUGAACAGUGCUACAGACAAUCCUAUGGUCUUUGCCAGUCGAGGAGAGACGAUUUCGGGAGGAAACUUCCACGGUGAAUACCCAGCCAAAGCCCUGGACUAUUUGGCCAUUGGCGUCCAUGAACUCGCGGCAAUCAGUGAGAGAAGAAUCGAAAGGCUGUGCAACCCUUCACUCAGCGAGCUGCCUGCCUUCCUGGUGGCUGAAGGAGGCCUGAACUCUGGCUUCAUGAUAGCCCACUGCACCGCAGCAGCCCUGGUUUCUGAGAACAAGGCUCUGUGCCACCCUUCGUCGGUGGAUUCACUCUCUACCAGCGCUGCCACGGAGGACCACGUCUCCAUGGGAGGAUGGGCAGCCAGGAAGGCCCUCAGGGUCAUCGAGCAUGUAGAACAAGUGUUGGCCAUCGAGCUCCUAGCUGCCUGCCAGGGCAUAGAGUUUCUACGCCCCCUGAAAACAACCACUCCGCUGGAGAAGGUUUACGACCUGGUGCGCUCUGUAGUCAGGCCCUGGAUAAAAGAUCGCUUCAUGGCCCCGGACAUCGAAGCAGCCCACAGGCUACUUCUGGAGCAAAAGGUUUGGGAAGUUGCUGCACCAUACAUUGAGAAAUACAGAAUGGAACACAUCCCGGAGUCCAGACCACUUUCUCCAACUGCGUUUUCAUUAGAAUCCCUGCGAAAGAAUUCAGUCACCAUCCCCGAGUCCGACGAUCUUUAAUGGGCUUCCUCGUGGUGGGGCACAUCGGAUGUGCCUGAGUCCAGCACAGCAGUGGUGUGCCGAAGGGGAGGCCCAGGAACUGCCCAUGAUGUAUAGAACUCAUCUCUUUUCAAACAUGCUCUGGUUAGGCCCGUGGCAGAAUGCAGCCGCUGGCUCCAGAGCCUUGUUGCCAUGGUGGCUGGCUCGAGAGCCUUGUUCUUGUUGCCAUGGUUCAAGGAGUGCUGGCUGUCUUUAGGUGGUGGCGUUUUCUUUCUUGGCCCAUUCGUUUUUUAAGGAUGGCCAUAAUUCCUUAGGUCUGUUUUUACUCGUAGUCUUAGGGAAAUCAUUAUUUCAGAACAUUCUUCUUAAAAACAUUAGAUUUUUGUGAACUUCUAAAAGCUUAUCUAUAGAAACUCUUGACUGACUUUCUCCGAUCGAUUGGACCAUACCAUAACCUGACAAAUAUGCCUCAAUUCAGAGUUUGUUCUUAAGCCUUUCCUCCUUCUGCUAAUUGAAUCAUAGAAAAAAAGUCUUGAGCAAGGGGAGCUAGCUCAGGGGGUGCAUGAUUGAGUUCAUAGUGAGGAUCCAAAUUGAGUUCAGAUCAUGAGCUUCAAUGUAAAAAAAGCCGGGUGCGGUAGUAUGCACCUGAAUGCUGGGGGGACAGAGGUGGGCAGCUCCUGGGGUCUCACUGCUCAGCCCGUCUUGCAGAAAUAGUGAAUUCCAGGUUCCGUGAGACACCCUGCCUCAGAGCAAUGGUGCAGGAAGUGCUAGACAAAGACAUAUAACAUUUACCUUCUGGGCUCCACAUGUGCACAGGAGCAAGUGCACAUGUAAACAUACACAUUCACACACACACACACACACACACACACACACACACACACGAGGAGGGGAACAGGUUUGAAGCCAUUAACUACAGAGGUUACCAGUUCUUUUCUGGGGAGUUGCUUUUGGUUCUUCUCUGUGCCCUGUGCUUUAAUCACCCCUCAAAGAAUGAAAAGGAGUUAGGGGGUUGAACAUAAAGAUUGCUCUGGCCUCGCCAUGCCUUCCGUAUUUCUCCACGCACUACACAUAUCUCCUAAACGCUUGGUCAUGUGCUCAAGUUGAAGUUCCAAGUUAGUCCUGUCCCCUCCCAUAACUUAGUACUCCAUUCACCUGUCUGUAAUAACUUUGCUAAGCAUCCGCCUGUUGCACCGAUGAAGCAUUUGGGUGUGGGGGUGGGAGCCAACCCACUGCCAGCAAUAGGUAAUCAUUAAAAUUUGAGUUUUGUUGACUCAGGUCAGAUGGGGCCUUCAGAUACGUUGCCCAAUCUCUGGCUCUCCCUCAAGCAGAUAAAGAAGACUGUGUAAGUGUUCAGAAGGGUCACGUGACCUCGUGACAUCCCAAGGCAAAGAUCAAUGACUUUAUACCCAUCACUGUAAAGGUGUACAAAACCCUGCGUGUGCAAGGGUCUGGAAGUGUGGCUAGAAAGACUGUAGUUGGUUAGCAGAAAACACAUGCCAGCAUCCCUCCCUGAUCACGGACUACAGGGGUGCAAGAGGUAACCCCCAGUCCACUGCCACUCUUCUGAGCAUGCCUUGUUCACAAUCACUGCCUUCAGCAACUCAAGAGGUGAAAAAGGGCCCAGGAACAGGCUUAACUGCAGGUUAUUCUUGGUGUUGCUUUUUGUUGAAUGUCAACACACACACACACACACACACACACACACACACAGAGCUUACUCAUUCUACCCAAGCUGCAGCAGAGGCAGCGAACCCCAGCAGAGAGCUGUUCCCAGUUCGGCAAUGCUGGCUUCCUGUCCACCUCUGUCUUUCUUUGACAGAUGUCAUCCCUAGGUUUUGUAUAGAGCUCUGUUAGUUCCCAGUCUUCAAGAGUAUAUGGGAGAUAAGGGGCAAGCUGUGUCAAUGGCUUGCUAUCAUGAUGUUCUUUGACUGGGGAGAAAUUGAGCCUAGGGACAUGCACUGGCAGUGAGCUGCACUCCUAUCUCCUACUUUUAUUUGUUUUGAACAAAGUUUAGCACCUAAUAUUUGCUUUUCUGUUGCUGUGAGAGAACACUGGGAACAAAAGCUGCUUUGGCAGAGGAAAGGGUUUCUUCCGGUUUACACUCCCAUGGACGGUUCAUCACCGUAGGCAGUCAGGGCAGCAAUCUGGAGGAAUGCCGCUUGCUGCCUGUUGACUCUUAAUUAUUUUACACACCCCAGGCCCAGUUGCCUAGGGUUGGGGCCACCCACAGUGGGUUGGGUCUUCCCCACCAAUUACCAAUCAAGAUAAUCCUUCACAAACGUGACCACAGGGAUGUAGGCGGUCCCUCAGCUGAGCCUUCCCAGUUGACUCUAGGCCCUAACAAGGUAAGAACUGUAGUUUACUAGGACUCACCUUGACCUCUUUAGACAAAGCGAGGGGAGCUAGUCAGGUUUCUGAAAGACCCAAUCAGAAAAAGCUAACAGAUCUGAGACAAUGUGCUAAGCCCAGGGCCUUGCCUGUGGAGAGGUGGCAAAUGAGCUGGCAGAUCAGGGUUCCCUUCCUCGGGGUGCUUGGCUGGGUUUCUUCGCUGAGGGCGGUAGGAGAACGCGAGUCCUCAAGCAUAAAGUUUGCCAAAACUUUUGUUGUCACAUCUGCUGAUUCCCUAGUGGCCAACACAAGCCGCGUGGCAAACCAGAGCCUGAUAUUAUACGGCAUAGACAUAUGACUUAGAAUACAUUCUCAAACCAUCUACCCAGUUCAUAAAACCUAAUAAACAUGUGGAAAGAGA